AUGGACAUCGUGCCGUUUGUAACGGCCGCGGGCAACAACGAUGACGGUGGUAUUGGUGGUAGAACGGAGCAGGAAGCGAACCAGUACUUCUUGCAUUUGUUGCAGGAGAAUACUCAGGUGAACUUGUUCCUGAAUGACCCCCGCAUUCAAAGUGCCUUGGAGCUUCGCGCGGAACAACGACAUCGAUUUGCAUUGGACAACGUGUACGCCGAAGCCAAUGCAUACAUUGCACACCUAGAGGCAACAGCGGAUGCGAACCAUCGUCAACAGCUAGCAUUUGUGAGCCAAUCCACACACCUGUUGGUGGGACAGCUACACAACGAAGUACGAGUGCUAGAGACAAUCGCCCGAGCAGAACGACAAUCAGCCAACGAGCUGCAGGCACAGCUGGCACGCGCACAAAGGGAAAGUCAUGAUGAAAGGUCUAUGGCCAUGCAGUUUGAUGCACAUCGGUCCGAGCUGGAAGCAGCAGCGCGCACGCUCACUGCGGAAAACAGACAGCAUGAACGCCGUUUCGCGGAAUUGCGCUCGAGUAUCGAAGAAAACCACAGUGAGAUGAUUGCCUUUUUAGGGUCUGAGUUUGAGGAAAAGCUUCAAUGGGAAGAAAACGAGUACUACCAUAGGCUAACCUCUGAGGCACAGCAGUACGAUAGCUUGGUUGAUGACCUGCAGGACAGGAACGCGGAGCUUAUAGCUGAGGUCGACUCACUCAGGACUGUCUUGUCGACAGCGGAGAGUAGCCCACCGCAAGGUGGUGCCGUGCCGGUGAAAGUCGAUCCCAGUGAGAGCUCCAAACUUCAACCAAGCCCACCGCAAGGUGGUGCCGCAGCGACAAGCCCUGCUACGCUUUCCAGCGUGGGAAGUGCCCACGAGGUGAUAAGUGGAGGUAAAGGCGGUAAAGGUGGGGAGAAGAAGGAUACCUCCAAGAUUCCUUGCAUCUUUUACCCCAAAGGCACCUGCAAGAACGGUAAGAAUUGCCCAUUCAUGCACAAGGAUGCCGCUCCCUCUGUCCCGGCCAAAGGCGAUAAGGCUGGCAAGGACGGGAAGAGAUCGCCCUCCGGCAAGCGCAGGCGACCCAGUAAGAAAAGGCCAAAGAGUGAGGACAAGCCAGCCGCUUGCUGUCUUUCCCUCACAGCCACCCUCACGGGUGAGCCACCGGCCGAUGCUGUGAAGGCCUACGCAGUAGCAGCCCGCAAGGGCCCUGCCGGAAAGCCCCGAAGCAGGAAAGUCCAGUUCCUAAGGCCAGAAAUCAUUGACAUCCCGCCUGAGGGUGAAGGCUGGAGCUUCGUACCAGACAAGCACAAGUUCGAAUUCAGGUACAAGUCUGCGGAGCUAUGCCCACCAUCUAUUCCAGAGGACACCGAAGAAGCUUUGCAGAAUGCCCGUGUCGGGGUAGAGAAGGAUUCUGCAUUCAUUGCAAAGAAGCAAUUCCCCUGCCCCAACUUGCUGCAGCGGACCAUUGAUGGCAUGCUUAGCAGCAAAGUCCUCAGUCCAGCUGGCGCGGCAGAAGAUCCCAUCGAAAAGAUGGCGAAUUGCAUUCCUCCCAUUCCUGGGGUGGAAACGAGGUAUAGAAUCCGGACUACUUGGGGAUUCAAGGAUGACGUGUGGUCUUUGUUGGAGGAUUCAGUCAACAUUGACGAAUUGGACGGAAUCUAUGGGGAAGCGCAAGCCGACAGCGAUGUCGAGCCAUACACAAUGCCAAAGUCUAAGAAGGAUGAACAACUUAGCGAAGACCUGGAUGAAAUGUUCCCAGAGCUAUUUGGUCCUGAUCGUGAUAAAGAUCCUCCGCCGAAGGACGCGAAAGAAGCCACCCGCAAGGGUGAGUCAAAGUCUGAUUCCCGUGCAGCAUUGCUUGAUGAUGUUCCGUUCUCUGUGAAGCAGAAGCUGAAGUCCAGCGCAGCAGUAGCAGCGCAAGAACCACCGUAUGGUUAUACGUGGAGUGGGGAAUGUUUGGUCAAGAAGAACAACAAGAACCGCCCUAACGCUAUUGAUCAUACUGCAUGGAAGGCUAUGUCGAAAAGACAAAGAGCAACAGCAAUUGCAGAACAUGAGAAGAAGCUACAUGAGGAGAAUGAGGCACUGUAUCGUGAAGCUGUAAAGGCGGAUUGGUGGGACGGCGAAACCUACUUCGACCUCGCAGGCCGGGAACAGUCUAAUUUCGAGCUGGCAGUUGCAGCUGCCCGCAAGGGCAAGCCGGUUGGGCAUUUCAAGUUACUGAAUGUUGGUACAGCCGAACAAGUGGCGGAUGUGUUCACGAAGCCUUUCACUGAAAAGAACAAGUGGACGCAUGCCUUGAAGCUUAUUGGACAUACAACCAGCGCGAACGUAGCCGGGUGCAAACCCGAGUCGAAGGUCGAGGUUGACAACAAGGUUUCGGUAGCAGCAGCUCCGGAAGCAUCAAAGGUUGUCGAGGACUUCGCUCAACAAUCGUUCGAGGCUAACGAUUACAGCUUCAAGACCUUCGAAAAGCUAGCUGGGCUUAUUCGUACCAAUCUCAAGGCAUCAUUGGCAAAACCGCGAGCAUUGAUGGCUUCUGAGAACCUAUCCAAAUACUUGGUGUUCGGCGCUUGGGUCCAUGGUGGGUGCUUUGGUAUUACCAACCGCACAAAACAUUAUCCAUGGAUUUGCAGGUAUGUGAAUGGAUUUGUUAAGCAAUCAUCUCCGAAAGGGUUUACAUGGACUUCGUUCGUGUUCAACUUCAAUGGCAAGGCCCGCAUCCACACGGAUAAGUACAAUCAGAAAGAAUCGUACAACCUGACGUUCUCCUUCGCUGGUUCUGAUCUUCUCGACUUGCCCGAAGCGACUUCUACGAUCCCCAAGAUGGCAGCCAUCGUUGUGAGCGACGAGUUCUGCAGGGUCAACACCUCCGAAGCAGACAGGAAUGGGGUUACCAAGGCCAUGAAAACCAUUCUCCAAUCCGCCGCCCUCAACAACGAUAUCAUUUCGCUCGGCGCCGAUCAUGAGAGCCAGCUCUUGGAGUCGGCGUACAGCUGCGUAUCCACACAAUGCGCGGCUGGGGUAUCCUUGACCCAUGCCGACGCAACCACUGUGGCUCUGCGCCAGAUGGCUGACCUCAGUGACGAGGGACUCGCCAAGUUGAAGCCAACCGCAAGGUUGAGCCCCAAGGCCAAGCGAGCCAUCAUAGUCGUGUCAGACAGCUCCACUGCACUUUGCAAGAAGAACAGGCGGGGAGUGUUCGUUAAGGCCGACUUGGAUGCGGAAGUGAACAUCGCAAGCUUUACGCUGGGAUGGGCACAGACUCGCUAUACCAUGUGUUGGGGUAAAACCUUGGCGUGGAUUGUCUGGCAGGUCGAGGAGCAUGUGAAGGAGCUCAGGAGCAACUAUCCGGACCACACCAUCGACAUAAUCUGCUGGUGGUGCGGGAACGAGAUCUCCGGCCAGUGGGGCUGCAUCCCCACGCGGCUAGGACCGGGACUCGCCUACAGAGAUCCCAAUGUCACAACGGAGACCGUCGCACGGAAAGUGAGAAGGGCAGCGGAUGUUUUAGCCGCCCUCGCGGGCGAGCCGGACAUUGGUUUUGUGAAGGUGAUUGGGCAGGUGGAGGCGGACUUGUUCCAACUCCACUCAGCCUACAACGACUUCAAUGCCGCUAUGUUCGAAGAGUUCAGGCAGCGCGGUCUGCAAGUGCAAACCGCAAGCUCCUUGGUCGAAAAGCUGGAAAUGUAUGACAGCUUUCACGCCAGCGAAGACCCUCGCAACCGCGAGUUAUUCCAGACCUACUUGCAUGCGACUAUCAAUGCAAGCAGGAGCGAAUGGCUUGCCCAGAAGAUGGCACCCUGUGUCAGGGCUUUGCUUGUUCGCUAUGAGCACUUUGAGACUGGCUCCGAUGCCAACAAUCCAGUGCUCGAGGAUGUCUUCAAGCAGUGGCGUGCAGAGAAGGACCAGCUGAUGAACCCGAAACAGGCCAAGCCAAUGCCGGUCACCCAGGAGGACAAGAUGUGGGAAGCCCCAGAUGCCGCUGACGCAAUCGACGUCAAUAAGAUCUCCGAGGGGCCACCCAUGGAUAAAGCCAUCCGCAAGGAUGUGCCAAGGAUCGGUGCAACCACGGACGUUAGUGCUGUGGCGGAAUGCGUCAAUGACAUCGUCACCCAGGACGCAGACGGCAAGGUGUCCUACAACACCCCGGGCACGGUGGAGCUGGUGGACGAGGGCGACCAGGUCGACCCUAUCCCCUCAUCGAUUGGACGUGUUGUUGAGCCAGCGCCUCCGAAGAAGACUAAGAAGUCUGAUCGAGACGAGGAUGCCAUGCGUAGGCUCAUGUUCAUCGAUGAAAGCGCCCCGCAAGGGGCUGCCACUGUGCCAGAGCUUCCAAAUGAGUACUUCUACAAUGGCAAGAAGCACUUGAUGAAGCCCUUCAACCCGGAGGACAUUGUAGGAGACAGGCACGUGACAUUCAAACACGGAGACCUGAAGUUUCUCACCAAGCUGCUGCGUGGCCAUGAAAUGGACGACUUCCCUGCAUUGAUCUUUGACCGUGGGUGCUGGACAGACGUUGACACUCUGCUCCAGGUCUUCAACACGGCACGGGGCGCACGCUGGGGUGUGAGGCAGCUGCUACGCGCAGCGAAAGCCGAUAAUAAGGGACGGAUCAGACUUUUGGGCAUUGACGUCCCAAUGAAGGACACCCUGGGUCAACCGCUAUUCCCUGUCAGAGUGAGGAUGGCCCAAGGGCAUAACUCCAAGCUCAUCGGCAAUAACCCGGACGCGGACUUCUUCCUUGCGACCAGGUUCUACAGCGGAUUGUCCGAGUACGAGGCCGACCUGCAGAGCAGCGUCAGGGGGGUCACUGUGCUCUCCCGCGAGGAUACCCCCCCAAAGCUCUUCCACCGCACGAAUGAAAAGGGAAUGAAGGGUAUCCUCCGCGAUGGAAUGAUCGCCGGCUCCACGAGGUCAGACAGGUCCCACAACUACCUGUCCCCGUACAAGUUGGACGACACCCACUACAAGAGUGGAAUGCGCUCCAACCAGCCGAUCGAGCUGACGAUAGACACGCAGCGAGCAAUCGCCGCUGGAUGCGUUUUCUUCGUCACGGAGACCGACGGCGUCCUCACACGGGACAAUGUGCCUCCCGAUUGCGUGCUGUCCGCCAUCGACACCAGCAAAAAGAACCUCCCGCUCUACGUCGCCGAGCACAAAGAAGCCGCCCGCGAGGGUGAGCCAGAGCGCAUUUUCCGCGCAAAGCGCGACUAUGAGGAGGCCGCAGCAGCAAGUUCAUCAUCGGCACCGCCCCCAAAACAGGCGGCUAUCGCUCCCAAAGCGAUUGCUUCAAAGAAGAUGCCGAAGGUGGUUCCCAAGCCCGCCGCAAUCGCCGAAAAGGACGAAAGCAUGGACUUGGAUGAAGCCACCCGCGAGGGUGAGCCUGCUGAUGCUGCUGGUGCAUUCGACCUUGACGAAACUAAGGUUGAGGUUGAGGUCGAAGUCGAUGAAGGCGAUACAACGGAUGCGGGUGAGGAUGAGCCGUACCCACUUGGCUCUCACCCAUGCCGCGAGUGCGCAGCAGUCGUUGCCAAUGGCAUGCUGUUCUGCCUCCGUUGCAAGGCUCCCCAGACGGAUGACUCCAAGAAAAUCACAAAGCGAGUCUUUGAGAAUUCGAGACUCCGCCAGCGCCUUCUUGCCACCGCUGCGACUGGAGCCCAGAAGCCCAUCGAUGAUCUCCUCGCGAGUGACCUUCGAGGCCUGGGCGAGGGACCAAAGAAACGUGGUCAGAUGAGCGCGGAGGCCGCCGCCAUUCGUGACGCCAAAGACCGAAAGAUCAGGGCCGCCAAGUUGAACUUUGACACCGUGUCCGACCGUUUCGAGAAGGACGCGCAGUUCAACGUGAGAAUGAUGCAAGAGGGCCGCAGCCUUGAGGACAUGCAGAAAUUCGACCACCUGUCGAACGCUGUGCUUCCCGAUCCAGGACGCAGUGAGGAGCAGCGCUACUUGCGUGCUGGCUCCCAUUAUGGUGGUGGCAAUGUCCCGCCUGCGAAGCUGGUCUAUUAUGCCCACUGCGAAGUGGAGCCGUUGAGGAACUUGCGGUUUAUCGAUGAUACCGCGGAUGUCCCCAUCGGCUUGACCUACCUCGGUGCAUUCCUCCCUCCGCGACUCUAUGCUGAGGUGGCAGCAGUGAACGAUGCUGCAAAAAGGAUCCUGACUUUCGACGGCGAAGUCUAUGUGUCGGCUACCACAAUUGAAGGCAUCACAACUGAGAUCGGACAGAUUCUUACCGAUAGCCUCCGUAGUGCUCAGGACCAGACAGACCAAACGGAACGUCUGGCAGAGCGCAAUCGCCAGGCUGCAGUCCAGAACCGCCCAUCCCAAAAGGGACGUGGUCGCACGACAGCACCUGAGCCCAUGUACAGAGGCUAUACUCAGGCCCAGUGGGACGAGUACUAUCGCCAGCGUCGUGGAGGUUACACUCAGGCCGAGUGGGAUGCAUGGAACCGCACCCAUAGGCGCUGA